UGUGAAAACCAAAAUGGAACUUACGAAUGCAAAUGUCAAAAAGGGUACAGAAAGGAAGAAAAUACGUGCUUAGAUAUUGAUGAAUGCCAGGAGACAUCUAAUAGUUCGUGCCCACAGGACUGCGUAAACUAUGCGGGUGACUAUGAGUGCAAAUGUCAAAGUGGCUAUGAAGGGAAUGGAACUACCUGUGAAGAUAUAGACGAAUGCGCAAACAAUGUUGAUGGCUGCGUACAUACAUGUGUAAACACGGACGGAUCAUUUUAUUGCGAAUGCUUCUCUGGUUACAAGUUGAAUACAGACCGCAAGAAUUGCACCAAAGAGAAAGUUAUCAAUGAAUGCCUGCCUCUGAAUUGCUCCGACACUUGUGACGUAAAUAAUGGAACAGCAUCCUGUCAGUGCAAGAAGUUUUACGAACUUGAUUCAACAACAAACAAUACAUGCAUAGCCAUCGAUAAAUGUUCACCAAAUCCUUGUAUAAAUGGCACCUGCCAGGACGAAACCGAUUCCUUUAAAUGUGUAUGUGAAAUCGGAUAUAAACUAGCAAAUGAUAAACUCACAUGUAACCCCUGCGAUACACAUACCUAUGGUUACAACUGCAACAUGACAUGCGGUUGUGUCAAAGGAAGUUGUGAUCCAGUGAAGGGGUGUAUAUGCAACGCCGGUUAUACAGGCGUUAAAUGUGACACCAGAAUAGAUUUUUGUGCUGCAAAUAUUGGCAGCUGUGACAACAAAACUUCGGAAUGUGUUAACGGGGAGCAAAACUAUACAUGUGUCUGCAAACAUGGUUACUUCAAUACUGGAUCUGGAAGUUGUCAAAUUUGUCCUGUGAAGAAGUACGCGAAAGAUUGCGCUUUGACAUGUCCUUGCAGAGAAUCAUGCGACCAUAUCAGUGGAAACUGCACAGAUACAGUCACAACAACACAUAUACCUUCUACUGUAACGACUACGCCAGAAUAUUCAACCAACUCUAUGACUACAAAUCUGACAACAAGCAAUCCAUCAACAGAAUUUUCAACAGACACCCAACCAACUGACCAAAUUUCUUACAACUCCACACAGUAUUCAAUAGCCUCUAUGUCAUCCGAUGUAACAACAAUGGCAUCAACAACUGACCAAACUUCAGGUCCCUCGACACAAUAUUCAUCAUCCCCGAUGUCAUCUGAUGUAACAACAAUGGCACCAUCAACUGACCAAACUUCAGGUCCCUCGACACAAUAUUCAACAGCCUCUAUGUCAUCAGAUGUAACAACAAUCGCACCAUCAACUGACCAAACUUCAGGUCCCUCUACACAAUAUUCAACAUCCUCGAUGUCAUCCGAUGUAACAACAAUCGCACCAUCAACUAACCAAACUUCAGGUCCCUCUACACAAUAUUCAACAUCCUCUAUGUCAUCCGAUGUAACAACAAUCGCACCAUCAACUGACCAAACUUCAGGUCCCUCUACACAAUAUUCAACAUCCUCGAUGUCAUCAGAUGUGACAACAAUCGCACCAUCAACUGACCAAACUUCAGGUCCCUCUACACAAUAUUCAACAUCAUCGAUGUCAUCUGAUGUAACAACAAUCGCAUCAACAACUGACCAAACUUCAGGUCCCUCAACACAAUAUUCAACAUCCUCGAUGUUAUCAGAUGUAACAACAAUCGAAUCAUCAACUGACCAAACCUCAGGUCCCUCUACACAAUAUUCAACAUCAUCGAUGUCAUCUGAUGUAACAACAAUCGCAUCAACAACUGACCAAACUUCAGGUCCCUCAACACAAUAUUCAACAUCCUCGAUGUUAUCAGAUGUAACAACAAUCGCAUCAUCAACUGACCAAACUUCAGGUCCCUCAACACAAUAUUCAACAUCAUCGAUGUCAUCUGAUGUAACAACAAUCGCAUCAACAACUGACCAAACUUCAGGUCCCUCAACACAAUAUUCAACAUCCUCGAUGUCAUCAGAUGUAACAACAAUCGCAUCAUCAACUGACCAAACUUCAGGUCCCUCGACACAAUAUUCAACAUCCUCGAUGUCAUCAGAUGUAACAACAAUCGCAUCAUCAACUGACCAAACUUCAGGUCCCUCUACACAAUAUUCAACAUCCUCGAUGUCAUCAGAUGUAACAACAAUCGCAUCAUCAACUGACCAAACUUCAGGUCCCUCUACACAAUAUUCAACAUCCUCGAUGUCAUCAGAUGUAACAACAGGCGUUGCAUCAACAGACAAAACCACCGCUCCCUCGACACAAUAUUUAACAUCCUCGAUGUCAUCAGAUGUAACAACAAUCGCACCAUCAACUGACCAAACUUCAGGUCCCUCAACACAAUAUUCAACAUCCUCGAUGUCAUCAGAUGUAACAACAGGCGUUGCAUCAACAGACAAAACCACCGGUCCCUCGACACAAUAUUCGACAUCGUCUAUGUCAUCAGAUGUAACAACAGGCGUUGCAUCAACAGACAAAACCACCGGUCCCUCGACACAAUAUUCAACAUCGUCUAUGUCAUCAGAUGUAACAACAGGCGUUGCAUCAACAGACAAAACCACCGCUCCCUCGACACAAUAUUUAACAUCAUCGAUGUCAUCAGAUGUAACAACCAAUACUGCAUCAGCAGACAAAACCACCGCUCCUUCGACACAAUAUUCAACAUCGUCUAUGUCAUCAGAUGUAACAACAAUCACUGCAUCAACAGAGAAAACUACACGUCCCUCAACAUCCUCUAUGUCAUCAGAUGUAACAACAAUGGCACCAUCAACAAAGACCUUACAAACCACGGCGGCAAGUCUUUCAUCCACUGCUGCCCAGGGCACAAGUUUUACAACAUCCGUGACGAAUGGAACCAAUGCAGCUUCAACAUCUACUUCUCCAACUCAAACCACAUUUUACCAAACCUCUACUUUGUCGACUUUAAAUCCUACAACAAAAUACACAACGAAGAUACCGACACAAACAACAACAAAAUAUUGUCCCCCAUCAGCAUUGCUCCAACACAAUGAAGCACGAGACUUUUAUGGUUUCCGAUCACCAUACAUUUGCCCGUCAAUUGAUAUCAACGUAGGACAAAGAAGACUGAAUUGCUUUCACAUCUACGCUGGUGGAUAUUUAUCAGAUAAUAUCAGAAGAGAUACUAGGCUCAGCUACGAGCCGCAUAGUUUAUCUGACGAUACAGACUAUGUUAUUGCUCCAUACUGGGCAGACCUUUGGAAUGAGUUUAAGCAAGUUAAAUACAGCAUUUAUGAAAAUUACACAACAAAUGGAAUAAAUAGCAAUGUAUCGAAUAAACUGACAGAAAUUGAUGCAAAAAUUAAAAUGUAUGCAAAUAUUAAUAAUUUCCAAUCUAUUUGGGCACUUUUGGUUACAUGGGAAAAUAUACGACAUUAUUCUCUAAUAGGAACAACAGAGGGAAGCAAUCCAGGAAUUACAUUCCAAAUGUUACUGGUCACAGACGGCUACUCAACCUAUUUGCUUUAUUUCUACAAACCUUGUGAAAUGGAUAUGAAAAUUGAUGUGAAGGCAUUGAUGGGCUUUAACUUGGGCGGUAACAAGCGUUUCACGCAUAAAGACUCACUGAAGACGAAUAGUUUGGUAAAUAUAGAUAUAAAGGAAGGAAAUACAGGUGAGAUUGGCGUAUGGUUCUUUGAUUUGAACGGUCGAUAUCAAAGAACUUCCAAACUAAGUUGUCUCAAAUGGUAUGCCGAAGAUGAAGGUGUCUCAAGACUUAAUACCUGCCCAUGUUCGAUCUGGCAAGCUUUGACAGAUUUCCGAUUCUUCUAUGAAUCGGGGAGCGAUUGCUUCUUUUCAAUAACAUCUCCAUCAGUGAAAUGUUGUUAUCCGUUAUGGUGGCGAAGGCCUUGGCUUUCAUAUGGUGUUCAUCAGAGAUAUAAUUACUUCUUCAAUUAUGGAAGAUGGCUUGAGGGCGAUGACCAACCGUUUAUAGACUGCUGUGAGAAAAACAAUAUGUGUUACCUUUACAGGCAGAGAAGACCUAGAAAUUACUGUUGGGGUUACAGGAGUCCCUUCAGAGCUUGGAUGUUUGGCGAUCCUCAUAUUCAAACUCUCGAUGGUCUGAAAUACUCCUUUAAUGGUUUGGGUGAAUAUACCUUAAUAAGAGUACAAAAUAAAACCACAGACAUAAAUAUGCUAGAAAUUCAAGCAAGGACCGCCCAGGCGAAAAAUUCAAAUGGUACUCUGAUUAACGCCACAAUAUUUUCAGCUUUUGCAAUGAAAGACUUCAUUACCAAUGCCUCUGCACAGGUUGAACUAGCUACUGAUGAAAAGACUUUGGUCAUCUACCACAAUGGUAUUGACAAAACAUCUGAGUUCCAAAGUGUUUCUGACUAUAGGCUGAUUGACUCCGACUUGUUCAUUACCAGAAAGAAUGACAGCAAAGAUAACCAGUCGGUGUCUCUAACAUUCACAUCUGGUGUUGAUGUAUCAGUGACGGUUGGUAUUCGCAUGCUUACUGUAACCGUGAGUUUACCAGAAGGCUAUAAAAAUACUACGCUAACCAGCGGUCUUAUGGGAGUGUAUAAUGAUGACAAGAAGGAUGAUCUCACAACACCAAAUGGGACUGUAUUGCCUGAGACUUCUAGUGAAAGGGAUAUCUUUUAUAAGUUUGGUCAACGCUGGGCUAUAAAUACUUCACUGUUUAAAUAUCAGAAGGGUUUUUCAAAUGCUGACUAUACCGACACUUCUUUCGUUCCCCUUUUUAUUGAUAAAACCUCUGCGAUUUACAACAAAUCUUUAGAGAUAUGUAAAGCAGAUGACAACGCUUGCAUUUAUGACUACAUAGCAACUGGUGAUGAAAGUAUUGCUAAAGCAACUGAAUCCCUUGAUAAGGAAGCUACAGCUGACUUCCAAGCUGCAAGAAACACAGCCCCUGAAAUUUCUGGUGAAGAAACUGUUAAAAUAAAUAUAAAUGAAACAGCCACUGCCAUUCUCAAUGUCACAGAUGCUGAAAAUAAUACUAUCACAAUCGAGAAGCAACAAGGUGGCGAGUAUUUUAAUUUCAGUAAAAGUGGAUCCGAUAUUACAUUAUCAAUAUAUUUGAUGCAUUCAAAUGCAGUUAAUAUCAGCAUUGUUGCUCAAGAUGACAAAAAUGCUUCUUCUGCCGAAUUCGUUAUGAGUAUUGUGCUAUGCAGUGGAUGUUCUAAUCACGGAAGCUGCAGAGAAGAUAACCCUGUAAUUAGAACAGAAAACUUUAUUCUGCAGUCAUGUGACUGCAAUGAAGAAUAUGCUGGUGAUAACUGUGAAGAUGACUUUGAUGGAUGCAGCGGUAAUCCUUGCCCUGGAGUAGGAAAAUGUCAAGACUUAAAACCAGAUGAGCACAAAGCCCAAAAUACAUCUUUCCGAUGUGAUUGUCCACAGGGCUACGUAUUAAACAACGCAACAUCUCGUUGUCAAGAUGAAAAUGAAUGCCUUAAGAAUAAACCCUGUGAACACAAUUGUACAAAUAACGAGGGCAGCUUCAAAUGUUCGUGCCAGUCUGGUUAUCAACUUGUUAAUAAUACACGAUGUGAAAAUAUCGAUGAAUGCAGUCUCAACAUUCAUAAUUGCAAACAAUUGUGUAAUGAUACCGAAGGUAGUUACACCUGUUAUUGCUACGAGGGAUAUAUAAUACAAAGCAAUGGAAGCUGUACACAGAAAAGUAUUUCAAGUAUCUCUGUUUGUUUUAACAAAUGCAAUGGAACUGCUGGGUGUCGAGUGGUGAACGGACAACCUGUGUGUUUUUGUAAUAGCGGUUACAUUUUAAAAGAUAAUUCCGCUUGUGUUGAUAUCGAUGAAUGUAAGCAGACACCCUGUGAAGGUACAUGUACUAACCUUAAUGGCACAUUUGAAUGUAGCUGUCCUCCCGGGAAAAAGGUGUUCCAAUCAACUAAAUGUGUUGAAUGUGAUGAAAAUCAUUUUGGUGACAAAUGCGAAGGAGAUUGUAACAUAUGUAACGAGAAAUCAACUGAAAGAUGUGAUAAAGUAAGUGGAUGUAUCUGCAAUGAAGGUUGGAAAGGUAGCACAUGCGAAGCAGAUAUUAAUGAAUGUCUAAACGCAAGUGUCUGCUCUGCCAAUGAAGAUUGUAAAAACCAAAAUGGAACUUACGAAUGCAAAUGCCAAUCAGGGUACAAAAAGGAAGAAAAUAAGUGCGUAGAUAUUGAUGAAUGCCAGGUGACAUAUAAUAAUUCGUGCCCACAAGACUGCGAAAAUCAUGCGGGUGGCUUUGUGUGUAAAUGCCGAAGUGGCUAUAAAGAGACUGGAAAUAUUUGUAAAGAUAUAGACGAAUGUGCAAACAAGGUUGAUGGCUGCGUACAUACAUGUAAAAACACGGACGGAUCAUUUUAUUGCGAAUGCUACUCUGGUUACAAGCUGGAUAUAGACCGCAAGAAUUGCACCAAAGUGAAAGUUAUCGAGAAAUGCCAGAGUCUGAAUUGCCCCGACACUUGUAACGUAAAUAAUGGAACAGCAUCCUGUCAGUGCAAGAGGUUUUAUGAACUUGAUCCAGCAACAAACAAUACAUGCAUAGCUAUCGAUAAAUGCUCACCAAAUCCUUGUUCAAAUGGCACCUGCCAGACCGAUGCCGAUUCCUUUAAAUGUAUAUGUGAAAUCGGAUAUAAACUAGCAAAUGAUAAGCUCACAUGUAAACCCUGCGAUACAUAUACCUAUGGUUACAACUGCAACAUGACUUGCGGUUGUGUCAAAGGAAGUUGUGAUUCAGUGAAGGGGUGUAUAUGCAACGCCGGUUAUACAGGCGUUAAAUGUGACACCAGAAUAGAUUUUUGUGCUGCAAAUAUUGGCAGCUGUGACAACAAAACUUCGGAAUGUGUUAACGGGGAGCAAAACUAUACAUGUGUCUGCAAAGAUGGUUACUUCAAGACUGAAUCUGGAAGAUGUCAAAUUUGUCCUGAGAAGAGGUAUGGGAAAGAUUGCUCUUUAACAUGCCCUUGCAGUGAAUCAUGUGACCAUAUCAGUGGAAACUGCACAGAUGAUAAAACCACGGAAAAUCCCACAGUACCAACAACAGAAGUUGAUAAAACCACGGAAAAUCCCACAGUACCAACAACAGAAGUUUUCUCCUACUCUGUUACCAUUUGGAUCAAUAUGACUUUCAUUGCUAAUCUAAAAGACAAACUAAAACAAGUGUUGUUCGAAGAAUAUACAAAAAGUAUGAGUAAUGUGCUGGACGUUAUCAUAAAUGAUAUCAGAAACGGCUCUGUUAUUGUCGAUCAUACUGUUAAAACCUCAUAUGAGUCACUAGAUGCUCUGAAUAAAACAUUGGAAACUAUCGAAAGUGGUGGACUGGUUGUUGGAAAUGUUACUUAUUUUGCAAAAGCAGUCUCACUAGAGAGAAUAUACGCUAGUACAACCCCGGAUAUGACGACAGUGGGAGGGACAAAAGAAGAUUCCGAUUUUACUAUCGCUCUUGUCUUGGGAAUUCUUGCGGGAGUUAUAUUUCUUCUCCUACUUCUACUUUGUUACUCGUUUAAACGGAAAAGGCAACACUCUAAAAGUAUCACGAAAACUUUUGAUCGCGUACAAGUAGAUAGAAUUCGUGCAGAAAGCAGUCGACGUACAAAGGUAGAGAGGAACGAUAUAGAAAAAGAUAUCGGAGAGUACGUUGAAAUUGAACUAAGUCCUUCUUCGAACAAAUACACGAACAUUAGCACGUUUGUAAAAGAAGAUAAACGUUCCGAAGAAAUCGAUCCAAAUUUGGAGAAAAAGAAUAUAUAUGUUAACGAAGAUUUCCAGGAGUACGUGGAAAUUACACCCGGACCUUCUUCGAACACAUACACGAGAAUUGGCACGUUUGUAAAAGAAGAUAAACGUUCCGAAGAAAUCGAUCCAAAUUGGGAGAAAAAGAAUAUAUAUGUUAACGAAGAUUUCCAGGAGUACGAGGAAAUUACACCCGGAUUUAAUUCGAAGAAACUCUCAAGAGAGAAAUCAGUUUUAAAAGAAGAUGCAUAUUACCAUGAAAUCGAUCCAGAUUGGAAGUCAAAGUGUGUAGCUAUUAAGAAAAGUAUCGAAGAGUGAGAGGCAAUUCCACAAAAUUUCAAGAUCAAGAGACCAAAUAUCCAAUCAGACCAAAGUCCUUCCACCCAACUGGAUAUGGACAAGACAACCAAGUUUUAAACUUACAGCAAUCAAUUUGUUUAGUUUUAAUAUUUUUUUCUUAAAUAGUGUGAAUUUUUAAAAUAAUUAUUAAAAUAAAAUUAGGUAUAAUUUUUAAGGCAAAAUACCAAAAUAUUUUCUUGUAUCAGAACAAAAGUUUAGUGAACCUUUCAACCUAUGCAUGUAGAUGUGUACCUAUGCAGGUAGAUGUGUAAAAUACUACAAAAAAUUAAUAAAUGCCUAAUAAAUAACAAAUAUUAGUAAACUUACCAUAAAUUGGUUUAUCUAUCUAGAUGUAAAUCUUUCUUCUGUUCACAAUUUCAAUACUUUCUCAAAAUGUACGUAUAUCUACUUCGUUAGACGAUAAACUUCACAUAAUUAAAACACAUCUAUUUGCUUCCUAUUAUAAAUUUUCUGAAGAAAUAUGUUGACCUUAGUAAAAACAGUUCAUUAAAUUGCUUUUCUCUUUUUAGUCGGAGAUAAAGGGAGCAUUCAAUCAAAAUUGGGCUACAGGCAUUUGGAAUACACUAGUAAAAUAUGAUUUUUACUAAGCCCUUUAUUAUACUCAUUUUAAGUGGAUUGGUCAGAAAGUAAUGCAAAUUUUAGUUCCACUAAUUCUUGAUCUACUCUCGAAAUAGUGUUCAUUGCUUCGUUGUUUCAGGCGUGGCUGUGUCAUAAGAAGAUUACUUACCAGGACCCUGAUUCUGGAUUCAGUCCCACUGUGUGACAUGUUGGGCAAGCGUAUUCUACUUUAGCCUCCGGCUGAAUAAAUUCUUGUUAGUAGAUUUUGUAGAUGGAAACUGAAAGAAGCACGUUGUAUACACACACACCACACAC